AUGGAGGCGGUACAAGACACCACUUCCCUGCAGCUGCAGGCCGCGAUUCGAUGGCUGCUGCACACCAUCCUUCCGAGCAUCAGCAAGCUGGACGGGUGGAUUCGCCAAGUAGGGCUCGGCAGCGAGGUAGAGGGGCCCAGGGACGAGAUCCAGCAAGUCGACGGGGUCGUCUCUGCCGUCAACGCCAGGGCGAUCCAAAACAGGUCGCUGGCCAGAUCCCUUGCAGCCGUCAAGGAGCUGCUCUACACCGCCGAUGACGCGGUCGACGAGCUCCACUGCUACAGGCUUCAGCACCAGCUCCACGGAGGCCCAUGGCAUUGGCACCAUCCCAACCAAAUUGAUGGACCAAGUAACCAUCUGCCAACUUCUUCAAGCACCAGAAAUGUAACUGCUGAUAGUUCAUCCAGAAGAAAAAGGAGAAGGGGCGAGGGUUCAACACAUGUCCCCACAGCCAACACAGGCCCUUGGAACAAGGAACAAAUUUCGAAAAUGAUACAGGACAUAACUGGUCAGUUGCGAGAUAUCCGAGGGAACGUGUGA